AUGUCUUCUAGGAGCCAACAGCGCCUUUCGAUGAUUUCCAAUUCUUCUGGUGCUCCAAACCGCAACUCGGGCUCCAGGCACCACGCCCACUCGGUCUCGCUCGGGAGUAUCAAUACGUCGAACCGAGUUACGAGGAGAAGAAGCAACGCAUCAAACGUGAACAGCGUGGCAGCACUCAGGGCUGCUUUGGACGAGUCCACAAAGGUCCUUGAUAUACCGAAGCACGGCCAGUCCAGGCCGACGCUUGACCUGGGGAGAAACAACAGCAAUGAUGGGGAUCAAGGAUACCGAGCAAAACCCGAAGACUCGGCCAUUGCCGACGGCUUCUUGCCUGCUAGGCACAACAAUGGCGCGCCGAAAGCACGUGCAAGGCGUGCCAGUGAAGGCUCUCACCUUAUUAAAGGGGAAGGCAAGAGGUCCAGUGGGGAGCUGAGGUGGGAGCACGAUCCUGCCUGGGCCUACACCUCUAAGCUCCUCAUCUCUAAGCAUCAGCAGGUGCAACUGCUCGAAGCCGCCUCAGUGCUUGUCAAUAUGAAUGUGGAUGCCGACCUUGAGCCCUUAAAGCGUGGCGAAAGUGACAGCUCGUCCUUGUCGCCAGGUGCUUCGGGAUCCUCUGAGACGAACGAUGACUAUUAUGACGCAUAUAGCUCGGCUGAGACCACACCUCCCCCAACGGCAGAAUCUUACAGCUAUCCAGAGGGAAUCAGUACAGGCAGGACCAAGCGAUCGAGCGGACUAAGCUCAUUGUAUUCAAGAUCUUACCAAUCCGCUCCUUCUAGCUCUCUCCCCGGUAUCAGCGGCUUCCCUCAUUAUACUUCCGGCAUGAGUGGAGAGGAAGAGAGUGGGCUUGCCGCUGCAGUGGAGACACUCUGCAGUUUCGGCACACCAAGGAGUGGCCCAGUCCUUCUACCCUCCGACGUGCCACCUGUACCACCUUUACCUGCGCGUUAUGCUGAGGAGCACCAGGCGACUAAAUCCGGGAGUAUCUUUGCGCAGUCCGACUUGGGCUUACCAAGUCCGUCAUACCAACCCCUGUCCAGCGAGCGAGAAGUUCUUAUGAUACCAUCUCGUGGGGGUGAUUAUCCCGAUUACGAUGAUCGAAACAUGGCUCAUGAAGAAGACGAAGGCGUCUUCGGCAGCAUGGAAGGCAUAGCUCAUGAUGCUCAUGAAGAACUAUUUUCGCACCGCGCCUAA